CUCGCUCCUCUGGUCAAUCCCGUCGGCGUCACAAUGGCCUCAACCGAUCCACCACAGGAUUCGUCCGCACCACCGGCGGAAAACGCAGCGCCCAGUUCCACGGCUCCUCCGCCCCAGCAAUCGACAACGGCGCCUCCCGAUCAACCGCCAACGUCGAGCGCACCACCUCCACCACCACCAUCGUCGACUCCAUCGCCGACGCCAUCAUCAACCCCGUCUGAUCCCCCGAGCUCGACUCCGUCUUCUACUCCUCCGCCAGAGAGCUCGACUUCUGCGCCUCCUCCCCCGUCCUCAUCUUCGACUACCGAGCCGCCGCCGUCGACAACCCCAUCGAGCUCAUCGUCACCAUCUUCAACGCCGGACUCGUCUACUUCUUCCAGCACAACGUCGGAGCAAUCAUCCACCACUGCCCCUCCUUCAACGACGCCACCACCGACCUCUUCUUCUUCUUCUUCUAGUCCGUCAUCAGAAACCACAACUCCGCCGUCAUCUACCGAUGUCACUGUUUCUGUCUCGGGCACCGAUGGCUCUACCGUCAAUGUCGUCGUGACACACACCAGGACGCCUACAGACUCCCCAAGUGGGGUGACUACCUCUUCCACCUCUACGGCAACCCCGAAUGGCGUUGCUGGCAAGGACAGCGGCGGCGGUCUUGAUUCAAAGGCCAAGGUGGCCAUUGGUGUGGUCGUCCCCAUUGUUGCCAUUGCUAUUUUGGCAGUCAUUGGCCUUUUCUUCUGGAAAAAGACUCGCGCGCGUCGUCAAGCAGAGGCAGAGCGCCGCAAGGAAGUCGAAGACUAUGCUUACAAUCCCAAUGCCGAUCCCACAAUUCCGGUUGUUGGCAUGUCUGGUGGAGACUCUUAUGAGAUGAGGGAAGAGGAAUCUGUGGGAUAUCGUGGCUGGGGAUCGACUACUCUUGCUGGCGGCUCAACGGGCCGCAAGGCUUCUACAACGAUAUCCGGCGCCACCAACCAGGGAUACUCUGACGUUUCGCCUCCUCGCGGCAACAUGUCUGACGCUGCACUGAUUGACAACCAGGAGGGAGAGAUUCUCGGUGCCAUGGGUCCCGCAGCCGCAAACAACCGAGGUGACGUUAGACGAGGAGCCUCCAAUGCGUCUUCUUCAUACAGCGCUGGGCGAUCAGACGGCUCCGAGGGGGCCGUGGGCGUGGCUUAUGGCGGCGGCGGCGGCUAUUACGAUCAGUAUGGCUCCAGCCCGUAUGAGGCUGGCUAUGGCAAUCCUGGCGACAACAUGCCCGCUCCACCCAUCAUCCGCGAUAAUCCUGCACGACGCAGCGCGCGCGUUGAAAAUCCUGGCCACUUCCCGCAGCAGAGCGCUGGUAUUUCCCAGAAUUUCUAGUUGGCGCGGAGUGUGAGGCUCGGACGAAUUUCUUUUACUUUUUAACGCCCGUUGUGUUUCAAGGAUAUCCUGGGGUUUUGGAAGAUGCUAAAGGACCAUAAGAGGCGUUUUAGGAUGUUCUGGUUUUUUUGCGACCACCUUGUUUAAUAAUGCUUUGCAUACCAUGAAAUCUGGGUCUUCUUCUUUUUUAUUUACGCUCGCUACUGCAUCCACACUCUCGCUUUAUUUAUUUAUUGCGCCGCACAGCACAACACGGCAAAGCUGCAUAUUCCCCCCCUUGCCGUUGUAAUUGGCAUUUUAAGAUUGAGUUUGUUUUCAUUCUAUGCGCCAAAAGAC